AUGCGGGAAUUUGUGCUCCAUGAUGGCAAGGCGCCAGCACUGUUGGAUGCAAUCCAAAGUGCGCUUACAUUAUGCAAAUUUCUGUCCAAAAUUGGUGAUGAAAUAUUCGACGGAACCAAAAUUGGGGAUGAAAUAUUCGACGUAACCAAAAUUGGGGAUGAAAUAUUCGACGGAACCAAAAUUGGAUGUUUUUGUAUUAACAGUAUUGUAUUGAUCCGAUUUCUGCACUUAGCACCGUCUCAUUAUUGUGGGGAUUUCAUGUAUUGCGCCUUAUUUGCUGAAAUUGAGUUGGGAGUGAGGGCUUUGUAG